ACUGCUACAUUUAUUUGGGCCCACCGCCUGUAAUUCAUUCAUUUAUUUCGCCGUCGCCGCGUUUUACACAAUUCACAGAAAAUAGAAAAACUGAAAUGCCUCGGCGGCGCUGCUGCAACGAUGGCAACGUUUCGGAUCCCCAUUCCGACAUUCUUAGUAGAGAAUCGAUGAUAUACAUUAGAAGUCGGGCUUAUUAUUCCCGGAGGUGUAAAAAGGAGAUGCCAACAAAUAUAGAGUCCCUCCCCACAGACCUAUUGUUCGAUAUCCUCCUCCGUUUGCCGGCCAAUCAUCUCUACGAGAGAGCGAGGCUCGUGUGCCGGCGGUGGUACCACAUUAUCCAUUCUCAUGCCUUCAUCAACGCGCAGAUGCACGGUGCUACCUAUGGACUCCUUUUAUGGCCCCUAAAUAAAACUACUCUGCCACUUUAUGUAACAGCCGACGCAGAGGGUGGAAUCCACAUAUAUGAGCUAACUUACAUCUUCAAAUUGGGAGUUCUUGCUACCUGCAACGGUUUGGUUCUAGAGUUGGAAGACACAUGUUUCCGCCUCCCUCGUCUUGUGAUUGUGAAUCCUGCAACGAUGAAGUCAUUGUUCCUCCCACCAUUCCCUAGAGGCGUACGCUAUCGCCUGUUCUUCUCUAGUUUAGCAUACUCUGCAGCUUCCUUGGCGUAUAAAGUGAUUGCACCGUACACUGUUCGCGACUGUGCACCGUACACUUUUCCCGACUGGCCACUACGCUUAGAUCCUGACUACGGUCUUGACGUGCUCACUGUUGGAAUCGAUGAAUCCUGGAGGCACGUCGGGGUUCACCACCUCCCCGACCAUGUCAGGCGAUUUGUCUUCGACAAGGCUCCCUUGACUAGUGAAGGUUUCUUGCAUUGGGGAAGGGGGAAGUGCUGCGCGACGCUGGAUGUGGAGACAGAGAUCAUUACAUUGAGUGAAGCCCCUUAUGAGUACAAUGAAUGCGACUAUUAUUAUCUGUCGACUGGGAGGUGUGUGUCGCUCCUGGUUGCGUGUGGGGAUCUGUCGUGGGAGGUUUGGGAGAUGAAGGCAGAGACGGGCGAGUGGAGGAAGGCGCUGCCCAACGUCGACUUGGGGGCUGAGAAAUACAGGAUUCGACAGUUUUCUUAUCGAGCUCUUGAGCCACUUGGUUGGGUUAAAUAUCCACAGGUUUUGGCCUUUUAUUUUGGCAAUUAUUAUUCUGAGAAGCCAAAAUGUCAUUGCAUUUUCUAUAAUCUUGAUACGCAUCAACUCGGCCCCAUAGAGCUACCACAAUCCUAUGCUCGUCCGCAUAAGAAUAAUCUGACAUGGCUAAGUUAAAAGAGUAUUUAUUGUUUAUAUUUGGCUUAGUUAAGAUCGUUGUGAAUGAGUAACGUGAGAGAGCAAGCGCGGUGCUGGUCUGGAUUGUAGAGUCACCGGCGGUGGAGGUUUUGAUCCACCGGAGGAAUUGCAGAGUAAAGGCGGCGGGAAAGGGUUUUGUAGAUCAUCAACAUCCUCACCCCAAUCCGGUGUCUUAGCUACCAACUCUUCCACCUCUAUAUCUGACAAGUGAUCAGCUGCAAGGACUUCUUCUGCUGCCUCGUCUCCAACAAU